UGUCAGCGAUUAAUAGAGGGGGUCGCGAGCCGCGAUUGGCUGGGUGGACCUCGCGGGAGAGGGAUCGCUGAUUGGUCGCCCGUGCCGCCAUUGGAGCCGCCACAACAGGGUGGAGGUAGGAAUUCGGUUAAAUCUUGGCCGCCGCGCCAGGCUCUCGAGCGCCGAGAGUGCGUUGGCGGCGCGUGGAAAAGGGACUCUGGCGAGGAGUCGUGAGAGUGAAGUGGUCAAAUCGGAUACUUAAAGCCUCAUGGAACUAAUUUCACCUGUGUCUCAAAACCAGAGAGGUGUUUUGGGGAAAAUGGUGCCUUUCAACUUUCCUGCAUCAAAAUGUGCACUUUGGAAUCCAGCUCCUGUUGGAGAAAGCAUUGUCUCUCACCUAUGUUACAGAAAUCCUAAACUGAUAAUGCAUGAGAAAACACUGCGACUGACCCAUCGUCAUGCUAGGCAGAGUAGAAGAAAACCCUUCACAUGUUUUCUGGUUGGAAAUAUUGCAGUAGAUGAAGAUGGUGAAGGUGUAUCACUAACAAUAGAUCGUUUUGAUCCGGGUCGUGAAGUAACUGGUGGCUUGGGGAAAAUACCAACAGCAUCUCUUCCUGGAGAUUUUUUUAUUCCAUGUACUGUUAGUGCUUGGGGAUUUUCAUCAGGUGAUGUCAUAGUGCACAAUUCUGAAGAUUUCAGCUUGGCUUUUAAGAUACUGCAACAGAAUUUGAACAGUCAAGAUUCUUUGGAACCUUCCAAAUUGCUGACUUUAAGAGUUCACAUUUAUUCAACAGAAGAUAUGGACAACCUAAACUUUGACUUUCACUGGGCAGCUGUUACAUUUGCCAAUGCCUUAAAAUACACUCCUGUGAAUUCUGUUCCAAUAAUUCCUACAGCUCUUGCUAGAAAUCUGAGCAGUCACAUGAGCAUUACACAAGUUCAGGGUACCUGCAAAUGUGGCUAUCUCACAAUGGACCAGACCAGAAAACUACUGCUAGUUCUUGAAUCUGAUCCCAAAGCUUAUACUUUGCCACUGAUUGGCAUCUGGCUGAGUGGAAUCUCUCACAUCAACAGUCCACAGGUCUGGACUUGCAGCCUGCGCUAUUUAUUCAACUCUUCAAUUCAAGAAAGGGUACUUUCAGAAUCAGGAAGUUUCCUUGUAAUUCUUUUUUCUCUGACGCAUAAAGAUCCAGAGUUCUAUGAAUGCCUUCCUUGUGGUAGACAUACUAAACUAGGUUUCCAGCUACUUACAAGCAAAGAAACAUUACGUUGCUUUAAAAACGUGGAGCCAUCAGAUAAAUACCCUAUUCAAUUUGAACUAAGUUCAGAAAAUAAAAACGCAGAAGUGGAGUUCUUCAGUAAAAUUUCAAAGAAUGUUUCCUUUAGCAGCCCAUCUCAAGGUUCCUCAGCUAGUAAACUUUCUGUUAGUGAUCAUGAUUCUGGUGUGGAAGAGGAUGCAUCCCCAAGACCAUUUCCCCGUCCUCACCCAGUGAGUCAGCAGAUGACUGAGAUCCAGCCUUCGGUUCCUGAACUGUCCAUUGUGUUUGAUGGCAUCUCCACAGAAUCUGUGUCAACGUCCAAACAUGUCAUGGUGAUGGAUAAAAAACCCCAACCCUCAUUGGGACAUCAACCCGCUAAGAUGGCAUGUCCCAUAGGGCAUCCACCCCACCAACUUCAGAGCUGUGAUUCUGGGAAACAAAGCUUGGGUUUCUGUGCCAGAGAGCCUUCUCCAAGGCAGUUACCAAGCCAGAUAAAGCAGAGAAUUCCAGUUUUAAAACCUUCCAAUGGAAAGAAACCUCCACUACAACAGCAGUCCAACUGUGGUGUAGCUGGAUCUCAAGUGAGAAAGAGCUCUGGGUCUUCUUCCUCUUCUUCUCCUUCAACUCCUUGUAGUGGGUUCUCUCCCAACACAUCUUCCCAUCAGCUCGGAACACCAGAACAACACUUGGCAAAUAAUGAGCCUACACAAAGCAAAGGAGAUCUUCCUUUUAAUGGACCCUCAGCAUCUAACUCUAAACAAUCUCAUUUAGCUUCCCAGCCUUCCUGGCACAGCUGUGCUUUGUCAUCUCCACACAUGAGGAGACCCAUGGAACUUCAGAUACCAUCUCAGAGCUCACCUUGCUGUCCUCACUGCGUCUGCAGCUGCCAGUUACGUGACCAUAUGCAAUACAGUCCAACAAAUGUUUGGCAAGGGAUGUCUACAGUGGGUUCCAGUCACACGCCUGAAAUCCAGUCAAGUGAUUCCCAGGAGAGUACACAAUUAAUGUUUCAUCAAAAUAUAGAAUAUAUAGAUCCUUGCUGCAACCCAGUAUGUACCACAAGUAGCCCUACGAACCUUGGCCAUCAUGGAAUAGUGGGGAAGUGUUGCCCCCAUAAUGAUGACAUGUCAGCUACAGUAAAGAUUUCUUCCCCUUCAGACCCUGGCAGUGCACAAUCACAUGCAGUUUAUCCAGCUUGUGUGCACACUCCUGCAUCAAAAUUGGGACCCAAUAAUGGAAUAAUGAACUUAUCUUCAGAUGUUUACAAAAUUCUUGCUGAACAAGAUAAGCAGAUCAAACUGCUACAAGCUCAGAUUCAGCGGCUUUUAGAAGCACAAACUCUUCAGCCCUGUUCAACCAAAACUAUAGCAAACGGUAGCAUACAGUCUGAAAAGCAACUAGAAUUUGUUGCCAUGGAAACCCAAUCAUCCACAGGGUUACACAUGAAGAAAAGUGUCAGCAUUGCAGUGAGCACAGGUGCUAGCUUGAUGUGGAAUGCUACUUUGGAAAAUAAAAAUGAGCAUGUGAAACAAGAUGAUGUUGAAAUAUCCAAUGAAGACAUUAAUAUUUCUAUGAACACUGAGAAGAACAGGAGUCAAGCAAGCAUUGCCUCUUCAUUAAAUGCUGUUGACAUACCUAGUUUUGUGGAUAGUAUUCCUCUUGUAGAAGGAGCUAGUCAACCCUCUGGACUCCGUAGUGGACCAGAUGCCUCAGGACUUCCCCCAAUUUCAUCAAUGAAUGAAAGUGUUAGCAUGUGCAUGCAGACCAGCCCAUCAGAGAGAGCUGACAAUCAUUUGGUAGCAGUUAAUGAACAAAAUAUUGAGCAUGUUAUCACUUACCUUCCAAAUGCCCCACCAGAUGACCAGAAGUUUUACCAGGAUAUAUUGGGUCAAGUGAACCACUUCUUGAAGGAAUCUUCUGAAGAAAACAGUUCCUCAAUACAAAAGGACAUUACCAGCAGUGAAUGUACCACAGCUUCAAAAAUGAGCAAGACAGAAAGAAGAGGCUUAGUCAAUCCUGAUCCACUCCUAAGUGAUAAAGAUAUUGUUCUGAAUGCAACCUUGAAACAACUGAGGAACCUUGGAGUGAAAUUUGACUCUCCUGACAAGAUGAUGAACAAUGCAAACAAAGUAGAGAAUGCCAGUAUAUUGGCCUGUAUUAAUCCUGAAGCUGUAGUCCCAGGUCUAAACUACAUCUCUUUUGCUAAUGUUGGCAUGAGUGGCUUAACUCCCAAUGGAGUAGAUCUCAGUAUGGAAGCAAAUGCUAUUGCACUCAAGUACCUAAGUGAAAGUCAACUGUCACAGCUUUCUCUGAGUCACUCAAGCCAAAAAAAAUCUAUGGCUUCAUCUGUACAGACUCUCUUGCACACUAAUACUGAUAAGACUUUGGUGGGCUUUGGCUUAAUUUCCCCAAGCAAUAUGUCGUUUGCAACCAAGAAGUACAUGAAAAGGUAUGGACUAUUGCAAAGCAGUGAUGGCAGUGAUGAUGAAGAGGAAGAACAGACUGACUACAGUAGAGGAAAGAACAUAAAACCGGUUCUGCAACUCAAUUUAAACCCUAUUUUAGAUGGCUUUAGCUGCCAGAAAGACCCCUAUGAAAGAGCAAGUGGGAGACUUUCUGUUAAUCCAGCACAUCAUGAAUCUGAACUAUCUAGUACUCAUCUAUCUAAUCCAGAAGGCCCCAUAUUAAGAAAUGUUACAAAUGCAGUCAUUCCACUUCGAAUCCUUCACCAGUCAGAUGAGAGUUCGCAUCCAUUUUUUAAAGACUUGAACCCCCAAAUGAAACUACUACCUGGAAAAGCAGAGUUUACUCAGCAUCCUGACAAAGAGAAUCUAGAUAAACAAAUUGUAUCUGAAACUCAUCAAGCUCCUAUUGUUGAUAAUUUAAAGCAGGCGGACAACAUGAAUUCAGUGGGUACUUUCCUUGAUGUACAAAAGCUCAGACAGUUACCCAAGUUAUUUUAACCUGUCUGAUUUAUUGGCAACUAGCUCCUUGCAGGACUUUUCAAUACAAGUUGAAAUCAGUUUUCUGUAGUUCAAUGUAAUCAAGAAGCAGCCAACUCUUUUCAAGUGGUUUUGGCAAUAAACUAAAUGGGAGGAAAGGGUUCGAUGUGUGCCUGGUGUGAUGGCUUGACUUGUCAUCUCAAAUAUAAAUAUUUGCGCCUUUAUGUGUAUUGAUGUGUCUUUAUGCUCUUAAAGGUCAGCAAAUAUAUAUGUAAUGGGACAUACUUCUUAAAACGUGUAUGAAUUUUGUAAAAUGGACUUUGGCAACUUAAUGAUGAAGUGGAAAGAUGGUUUAGGAUGAGAUUAUUUUGGUUACUCGGUUUAAAGCAUUAACCUUUUUUGAGUGCAUUCAAGCACUGGAGUAAUGCACUUCAUUAGACAGCCCCGAUUCUUACACAAAUUUGAAAUAAAAUUUCAUAAUGUUUACUAUGAUCAUGAAACAAAAACAAGGUCAGCCAAUGUCAUCCUUGUUUUUUGUCUUGUAGCAUGAACAUGAACAAAUGCUGGAUAAAUUGCUGAACUGCUUAUCUAUUAUUUGUGUUUGAAAUCAUUAACAUUUUUUGAAUGUCAAAAUAAAAUGUACUUGACUCUUGUACUAUGCAGACUUGUUACACUCAGGGUUUUUUAAAAAUUAAAUUUGGUUUAUUUUAUUUAUGUGUGUGUUACCAUAAUAGU